UUGCAGCUUCCGGCGGCUGCGGGCGGUUCCGGCGCGCGCCCGGGGCGGCGGCGCGCGGCGGGAGGCCGUUGGGUGCGUGGUUGGCCCUGGUGGACGCCGCCGCGGUGGCCAUGCAGCUGACGGUGAAGGCGCUCCAGGGCCGCGAGUGCAGCCUGCAGGUGCCGGAGGACGAGCUGGUGACCACGGUGAAGCAGCUGGUCUCCGAGAAGCUGAGUGUCCCUGUGCGCCAGCAGCGUUUGCUGUUCAAGGGCAAGGCCCUAGCAGAUGGAAAACGACUGUCAGACUACAGCAUUGGGCCCAAUUCCAAGCUCAACCUGGUGGUGAAACCGCUGGAGAAGGUGCUCCUGGAAGAAGGGGCCGCGCAUAUUGUGGCCGAGCCCCCACCCACACCUGUCUGGCAGUUGGUUGCCAAAGUCCUGGCCCGCCACUUCAGUGCCGCUGAUGCCAGCAGGGUCCUGGAACAACUACAGAGGGAUUAUGACAGGUCCUUGAGCCGCCUGACGCUGGAUGACAUUGAACGCUUGGCCAGCCGCUUCCUGCACCCAGAAGGGACUGAGGCUCUAGAGAAGGGGUUCUCCAAAUAGCAUCCCUGGAUGUCGGGGAGGAGCUCAAGGCCAGACCACGGCUGCAUGUUGCAUUAAAUGUGUUCUCACGUUGCAGUUUGGCUCCUGAUAGUAACAGCCGGGGCGCACCCAGCGCUUGCUAGGUGCUAGGCUCCUCUUGCGGCCCUUCGCCAGGGUGUUCUCUCCCACUCUCAGCAGAGGUGAGACUCGCAGACACAUGGCAGAGGGGCCCAGCAGCAACUCAGAGAAGCGCCUGGUGCAGGGGACUGCGGGCAGGGAGGGGGGCUUUCGGGGUACUGCGUCAAUACCUUAUGUGACCCUCCCAGGCCCGACAGAGGAGCAGGUGGCCCCUGCUGCCACGGUAUGCUCUCCUGACCUCUGCCGUGUCUGGCAGAGCCCUCAGCAAACCUCUACAGGUGCCAGGUGCCGGCCGCCCAUGCCCCUGGCCGCUGCAGCUCAUGGAGCAUGCGCCUGACGGAGGGGCAGCGAUCUAGGGGCCAGGGAGUCAGGAAGUCCCACACUCCUGUGGCACAACUUGGAGCAAGUUGCUGUGCCAUUUUGGUCACCAACCAUCAAAUCUGCAGUGAGAACCACUUCUCCACCUGAAUACUUUUCUUUCCUCCUUCCCCAGCCCAGGGUGGGAACUCUGCGGGGACCUUCGACCUUGUGUUCAGUGACAAACCGAAGCCAAAAGUGAAGCCAUAGCCAAGCAUGGGCUAGACAGGGAGUAUCCUGACCCUCAGGGACACCGCCUUUCUCUGGGCCCCUUGCUUGGCUUCUCCUGCUGGAAGCCAGUGGUGGUUCUCACCCCUCUGGCAGGCAGGUGACUCAGCGAGACAGAGUGGUGCCCAGCACGUCCCCCGCCCUGUGUCCCCUGUGCACCCCCCUCACUGCUUCCAAGGGUGCUGAGAGCGGGUGAGGGUGUGGGUUGGCAGGCACCAGGAUGCCCCCAUGAAUGCCAGCCCCUUGGUAGAGGCUGCACCUACCUGGGCCUUGGUAAGGUGUCACUGGGUCUCCAUGUGGGUGACACCACACAGCAGGGAGCCAUUGAGAUUGCAUAGCUCGUGAUGCUGUUGUUUCUUUGCAGUCAGGGAAUGUGUUCUGAGAAGAACACUAAAGGUGUGUGUGUGUGUGUACGGGCAACUGAGCCACAAAGAACUCUGUUAGCAAGGCUGCUUUGGAGUGCCAGUAACUGGUUUAAAAGUAAAGGAAACUUCUGGUGAGCCACAGCGGAUGAACAAUUUGAUUAGAUUCCCAGCUUCCUCCACUCUGUCUACUUUCUCUGCUUCCUGCUUCAUCCCAGGCCACCGCCUCCAAGGAGCGCUUGUUUCUGUGGUGUAGCUUUGUCUCCAAUACUCCAGCAAAUAAAUGCUAUUGUUUCACUGCU